AUGUCAAGCGACACCGCUCGUGCUGCAUACUCACGAGUCAUCACCAAGCAACACGCUCCCGCUUUCUCUCUCACCUGGACGCUGCUGCUCGCCUCCAUCGUCGUGGUGCUCAUCCAGCCGUUCAUCAGCCUUCUGUUCGACCCUCAAACAACCCUCUCCAACCCAAGCACAGCCAACAUGACCUCGACAGUCGCUCGCACGCUCUCCCGAGAGAUCGCCAAGAAGGUGCGCGCCGUCGAAACAGCCGAAGGCGCGGGCGCAACCGUUCGUCGAUCCAUCGGCACCCCAGCCCUUCGCAACAUCUCGCCCUUUCUCAUGCUCGACCACUUCAAGAUUGGUGAGGGAGCCGGAUUCCCUGAUCACCCCCAUCGUGGUCAAACGACUGUAACUCUGGUGCUUUCUGGCUAUGCGCAGCACGAGGACUUUGCUGGUCAUGCCGGGACGAUUGGUCCGGGAGAUGUGCAGUGGAUGAACGCGGGUCGAGGCAUCAUGCAUGCCGAAAUGCCGAUUCAUCGGGAUGAAAACGGAAACAAAUUGCCGGAGCCCGAGGGGAUGCAGCUGUGGGUGGAUCUGCCGAAGGAGGCCAAGAAGGAGCCGCCAAGCUAUCAGGAGUACCGCGCAGCCCAACUUCCAACCACAGCCGCUGACGCCAAGGAGGAGGGUGAUGAGAAGGGAUGGAACAUCAAGGUCAUUGCAGGCGAGUCGCAUGGGGUGAAGUCGCCCAUUGAGCUGCCCAAGAACGGAGGAGUGCUGUUUCUCGACAUCAACCUUGAACCUUCAGGGACGGUCUAUCAGACCAUCGAUCCGAGAUACAAUGCCUUCGUGUACACCCUCGAAGGAUCCAUCGUCAUCGGGGAUCACUCUGUCACGUCAUCGAAAGGCUCAACGCUCGGAUUCAACCCCAGCACCACAGCUACACCCGGUGAGGCCGUCGAGCAGUUCCACACCCUCGUUCUCACCAAGGACGGCGAGCCCGGUGUACGCAUCACAAAUCCCAGCAGCGACAAAAAGGCACGCAUGGUGCUGGUAGCAGGCGAACCGCUCGAUCAGGAAGUCUACCAGUACGGCCCCUUUGUCAUGACCAAUCGACAGGAGAUCCAGCAGACGCUCAUCGAUUUCCAAACAGGCAGCAACGGUUUCGAACGUGCACCCGGUUGGAAGAGCAAGAUCGGGGCCAAGAUGAUGUAG